AUGUCUGUUCUUCGGCAGGGAGGGUCUUUCCUCCAACGACGUCUGACGAAGAUGUACACAGACACGAAAACUUCGUGCGAGAGCGUCACAACGGCUGCGAAAGGAACCGACGAUCCAGAGCUGGUAGCAUUGCAUCGCAAUUAUCGCACACAGAAGGAUAGACUACUCGCCUGGGGCCUCGACUGGAGCGACUCGAACGCUGCACAACCGAACGACAUCGAUGAAUCGUUGACGGAAGCGGGCUUCAGCGAUGUAGUCGCCAGUGUUAUGUCGUCCAUACAGGAGAUUCUCAACGAAGCUGAACGGUUACAACACGGUGAAGCCCCGGCGUUACCACCAAAAUCCGAUAGCGGCGAGCUGCCUCCAAAAGAAGUUUUGGUGGGCAAAUCUCACUGGACGGAGGAGGAUAUAAAGCGUUCCUACAGCUUGCUGGACGACUUGACAUCGUGCAUUGAUACACUUUAUGAUUUAUCGCAAUCACGGCGGAACAUGACCAUGAUGACUUCGUCAACCGACCAGUCGGGCAAAAUCAAAGCGCGUUCUCAAACGACGAUUCCAAAAGUUUCCAAGUUGGCAGCAGAAUCUCACCGAUCCAUGUCUGCUGAUUCGAAGCCGCCGCUACCGUUAGCGAAGGACUUUGUGGAGAGUUCAGUUGAUAGGAAGGGAAAGACAGCGUAUCAGAGACAAGAAAGGAUUGAUGUGUCGCCAUAUUCGAAUUUUCAUGCUGUUCCAAAUACAAUGAGGGAACCCAUUUUCGCAGAGCGCCAGAUAACUGAAUCCUUCACAUCGACCAAGCAUCUUUUCAUCGACCGAUCAACUUUGCAGCUCUCCGGCGCCUCUCAUGCGAAGAGUCCUCCACCAUAUGAGCAAGUUGCGGCAUCCACAAAUUCUCGAAUCAUUGGUCGUGUGCAGACCACAGCCACGCCGUUUAUGACUGGUCUGACCAAAGAAUCGACUAUCCCCAUUCUCGUUGAAUUCACCCCCAUGAUGCUUGAGUCCCAAAGUUCCGUGACCAUACCCGCAGCUCAGAGACUGGAAAGGAUACAUCGGUCAUUAGAUCAAUUAGUCGAGAAUUCUCGCGUGUCACAUUUGGGCUUGUUGCGGUUUCUUGGCUAUUAUAUCGACAUGUCCAAUGCCCGCUAUGCAUUCGUAUACCAGAUGCCGGUGGAUUAUUUCCCAUUUUUGAGCAAUCCGAGCAAUCUUUUGAAGGAAUUGAAGCCGAAGACUUUGGUCUCUAUGUUUCACUCUGGAGAAGAGCACCAGGAUAUCCCUGUACCGACCCUGGAAAGCCGAUUUCGUCUUGCUUAUAACCUCGUUUUGUCGGUCUUACAUUUGAGGAGUCAGAAUAUUGUCCAUGGGAACAUUAAUAGCAGCAACAUUCUUGUCUUCCCAGGUUUAAAGAAUUCCGGUCAAGAUGAGAUCGGAAACUUGAUUGAAGACUUGCGACACCCCUACCUCACAUCACUCGCCCAAUUCUCUGGCAAUGAGCCUACUCCUGAACCUCUUUCCUCGAGCAUGUAUCGUCACCCUGACGAUAAGCGACUACUAGAGGAUGAGGCGGCCUGGACCUAUGAUCUCUAUUCCUUGGGACUGGUUCUUCUUGAGAUCGGUCUCUGGGCUCCGAUCAGCCGUCUUUGGAAGAUGAAAUACAACAACGCCAUGUUCAAACAGCGAAUUGAAAACGUGUAUAUCAAAAAGCUGGCGUCAAAAUGCGGGAAUGCCUAUUUGCAUGUUGUUCAACUUUGUCUCGAUGCUCCGAACUUUCAAUUAUCAACAGAACCAAUGGCAGAUCUGAGCUUGAGAGUACCUAGAGUCUUCACAUACCCGACUCUAGAAUUUGCAGAGCCCGACAGCCAGUUUGCUUUCUCCGCUAAUUUCAUUUUCACAAUGAGCAAAAUCCUUGCUCAAUGCUGCGCAAUCGACAUUUUCUCGCCCCCGCCUGACGCGGAUCUAGACGAUUGUCUACCCUUAGCACUUGGCCGCGAUCUAGAAUCAGAACCAGAGCCCAUCGGUAGCGAAGCAUGGCCUCGGCCUAGUCUACCAAUGGAACAUCAACAAUUUCAGAGUGACUACCAGGACAGCAAGAACACCCAUGUAGUGGCUGAUGCUACAGACAAGAAAGUAAGGAAGCGAACUGUGAAGAAGUUGACCAACGUAGAAAUUCCGCAAGAGCACCUCAACCAAUGGAAUUUCUUCACUAUGCCCAAACUGAGCAAACUUUUGCAUAAGAUACUCAAGGAUUCUUCUGAGUCUUGUACUGCCUCAUUGAUGGUGACCGGCGAAAGCGUGGAAACUGCCAAAACGACCAUCUGCGUUACAUGUUCGAACGUCAAGAAAGUUCGAGCCAUUCUCAAAAAGUACUUCGAAGUUGAGCAGGACUGGGACUUGAUUGUACUUCGCGGUGAUGUUACCAGAUCAAAGGUUCCAAAACGGCGACGACGCCAAGCACAUUCCUCGACCUCAGCUAAUGCUUUCGAACCAGCUUUCACUCAACCGGACUUGAAUCCACAUUAUCAGCAGAAGCCUAUUUGUGGAGCCUCAAUUGGCGCUUUCAGAAAUGAAGAACAUCUGCCCCCUGUCUCAUAUGGCGGUGCUGUUUUGAUUGAUGGCAGGCCAUUUGGGAUGACUGUGCAUCACAUGCUCGAGGCACCUAGUGAUGAUGAGGAUGAGGAUGAGGAUGGAGCAGCGGAGACUCUGCAGCGAUCUUCUGCUAAUACGGCUGGGAACAUCAAUUUGGCAGCUGAUGACUUCGUCUCCACAUGGGGCGACAGAGAUCCAGAAACUGACCUUGAAAUCGAGCUCUCAGAGGAUGAGGACGAGACAACCUCGCAGGAAGGAGAUUACUGGCUUUCCGACGAUGAAUCUUCAGAUGAAGAUGAAUUUUAUGACCCAUACGAUGAGGCAGACUCGGCAUCAAUUGGGGACACUGCUGGCGUGGAUCCGGAUGAGGAACCACAGUUGCUGGUUACUCAACCUGCCAUUGAUGACGUGCACGAAGACUUCUUUCCUUCUCCUGAAGAUAGGGAUGAUGAACAUCUUGCCUCACACAGUCUCGGUUAUAUACAUGCAUCAUCUGGUCUACGCCGCUGGACCAGGAAGGGUGUCAAACAUGAGAUCGAUUGGGCAUUGAUAAAACUCAACGAAGGUCGCAUGGACGCUCGAAACGUCGUCGCUGCACCAACGAACCGGAGGGUGAACACCAUUUCCAGACCGAGUCAACAACAUAGUGUACAGCCUACUGGAGGAGCUCCAAUCUACCUCACCAAGGUAGCCAGGGUCGAGGAACUCGGGGGUCUCAGAGUACAGUGCCAUGGCCGGACAAGCGGCUACCAAAGCGGACGGAUAUCGCAGGCAAUGACUCUGGUGAAACUACACGGACGGCAAUCAUUUUCUACCAGCUUCUGUGUUGAUGGAGGCUUCGGAGUGCCUGGCGAUUCCGGAGCUUGGGUUUUCGAAGCAUCCACUGGUCGCGUUUGCGGUCAUGUUCUUGCAUGGUCUGAGAAAAGUCGCACUGCAUACAUUGCGCCUAUGCAGGUUCUUCUAGAAGAUAUAUCUCGAACCCUUGGUGCUUGCACUGUCACAUUACCUGAAUGUCAGGACAACGACGGUAUCUCCGCAGCCUCGAUGUCACGAAUUUACGACCAACAUCAACAACAGACAAGACGAUUCAGAGAAAUGCCAAUUAUGCCGGAACAUAUCCCCAUUGAACUGGGCCGACUAAAUCUGAAUAAUGAGCCCGCUGCUUCCACUAGCAUGCGACCCUCGCUAGGCAGAGUUGCUAAUCGAAAUCAUCACCUCGGAGAAGUUUCGCCUUCAUAUCAUCGUGCUGGACCACCACCAGUGAUGACACGGGCAGGAGGCAUGGAGAGACAGCCCGCAUGA